CAUUGACCAAACGAAUCAUCAUUUUAUAUUUUGACAUUGUUCGAUCAACAUUGAAUUUUCAUUUUUCACCCAAAAAAAAUAUUUCUUUUUCAAAUCAAUCUUCAAUAUCCACAAAUUCAGGUUGCUUUGGGUUUUUUAAGCUUGAUAUUUCGGUAUUUUACCGUAUUUCAAUCUAUUUUGAUUUCUGAAUUUCCAGGCACGUUUUUAAUCCAUCUUUUCAUCGUUUUCAUCGUCAUAUUAGAAAGAAUCAAUCAUGGUUGUACCACCACCAAUACCAUCAUCAUCGGAUAAUUUUAGCACCGGUCCAAUUCCGGUUCAUAAUAAUAUGACCACCAUCACCGCCAAUGAUAAUGUUGAUGCAUUUCAUCAUUGUACAUCACUUAUGGGACAAGGUCUUAUCGAACAACUUGGAUGGAUGUUUUAUUAUGUUAAACCAAAUUCAUCAAUAUUUAUGAGCGUUGAUGAAGUACCCAAUUAUGAAGUACAGAUAUUUCCAAUUUUUGGUGUAUUGGUCAUCAUUGAACAAAUGAUUCGUUUAAUGCAACGUAAACGUUUUUCUCGUUUAAGUGAUGUUAUCGUUAAUAUUGGAGCUGGUCUCGUAUUUGUUGCCGUUCGUGUUGCAUUGCUUGGUGUUGUAUUGAAAUUAUUCUAUUUUCUUUACGAUAAUUAUCGUAUUGUUGAUCUACCGAAAAAUUGUGUAUCAACAUGGUUUAUAUCAUUAUUAUCAGUGGAAUUUGUUUAUUAUUGGGUACAUCGUUCAUUACAUGAAAUAAAUAUCUUUUGGGCAAGUCAUCAAUUUCAUCAUAAUGCUGUUGAAGUUGAUAUUUCAGUUACAUUACGUGAUACUGUUGUCGAUUUGGUUAUCUAUGAAUUUUUCCCAACACCAUUAGCAUUGUUUGUACCGCCACCAAUUCUUUUGGUUCAUAUGCAAUUUUCAUUAAUCUAUCAAGUUUGGUUACAUACUGAAGUUGUAUCACAUUUAGGACCAAUCGAAUAUAUAAUCAAUACACCAAGACAACAUCGUGUUCAUCAUGGCAAAAAUCCAUGGUGUAUUGAUAAAAAUUAUGGUGCAUUAUUGAUGGUAUUUGAUCGAAUUUUUGGUACUUAUCAACCGGAAGAAGAGAAAAUUGUUUUUGGUACAACUGAAAAACCAUAUGAAACAUUCGAUACGGUUACAUUACAUUUUUAUUAUUAUUAUGAUUCGGUAUGGAAAAAAUUUAAAUCAAUGAAUACAUUUGGUGAUAAAAUGCGAGCAUUAUUUUAUGGACCUGGUUGGGCACCAGGAAAACCACGAACGGGUUUAUUAUCCGACAUACCACCUGUCGAUAUUUAUGCACCAAUUGAACGAUACGAUUGUGAAAUAUCAUUCUGGGAAUCAUUCUAUGUUAUGUUACAUAGUUUUAUUAUUGCUAUGGGUUUCUAUGUUAUUACUGAUCAUCCAUUGGUUCGUAAUUCACCAUUGAAUGCAAUGAUCAUCAUGUUCUACGUUUUGUUUGCAUUAACAUCAUUUGGAACUAUAUUUGAUCGACGAUCAAUUGGUCCAUUAGUCGAAUCAACACGUUGUUUAUUGUUUUUCCCAUUCGAUUCAUAUGUAAUGCAACCAUGGAUUGAACAAUUAUCACCACCAUUACAUUUACAUGUUUUUAUUGAUUAUAUGCUUGGUUUAAUUCGUUUAAUUCAUAUCAUAUCGAUUGCAGUGUGGUUAUUCUUUUGGUUUCGCAAUGUUCGCCGUAAUCCAACAGCAUUGAAAGCUGAAUUAUUAUUGGUUAGCGAUAAUAAAUCAACAUUACUUAAAGAAGAUAAAUGUAUCAGUGCAUUUGCCUAUAGUAACAAUAUUAAUGUUAUUAAUCAACGACGACCAUGGGCUAUUGCAUUAUAUGCUGUUACAAUGGUAAUGUCAUUGACAUUUAUGUUUUUCAUAUUUGCAUUACGUUUCGAAGAAUGUAAUAGCAUUUUCAAGACAUCAAACAAUAUUGAACUUUGAAUAUAUAAAUCAAUCAAUGACAUCAAUACAUCCAUUUAAAUAUAACAUGAUAACAACAACAACAAUCAUUUGUGCAUCUU